GAGAAAAACAUAUAUACAUAUAUAUAUAUAUAUAUAUAUAUAUAUAUGUAUUUAUAUCUUAUACUAUCUCGCAAAUUUCAUCUGGAACCGUUAUACGUGUCUCUUAGACGUUUAAUUUAACCGAAUUUAUUUUAUUUUAUUUUUUUUAAUUGAAACAAAAUAAUAAUAAUAAUAAUCAAUAAAAAUAAUUUAAUCUAUGCAAAUUUGUAUUUAUAUGUGUAUGUGUAUACGACAAAUUGAAACGUCAAGUGUUAUUAUUGUAUCAAGUAACCUAAAAAAAUGUCGAACAUCGAGGACGGAGCUAUUGAAACAUUUAUGACUGCUUUAAAAAAAUCUUUGUCAAAAAAUGAUGCAGAUGAUGUUUUGCGUUUAUUUGAACUUUACAGUAAUAUUAUUGAAGAUAUCGCUUGGGAUGUUAUACCCAUUUUAUCCGAUUAUUUAACCACUGAAGUUGCUAUUAAUCAAAAGGAAUUGUUUCAAAGUUGCGUAUUUAUACUUGAUGAAACAGCAGAAAAAUGUAAUCCACGUGAUAGUAUAUUGCUAUUUUUAGAACAAAUUGAAUACUUAGAAGAUGAUAUGAAAUUUUUAACACUGUUGAAACCAAUUAGAAUUUGUUUCAAUAAAAUAAAUGAUAAGUCUAAAGUCAUUGAAUGGUGCGUUAGUACAAUACAAGCAUAUAUAAAAGAUUUACCUAUACCAAUUUACAACAAUUCAGAAAUAAAUGAUAAUUAUAGUAACGAGGAACAAGACUUGAUUCAGAAUAGAAUUAUCAACAUAUAUAUCCAUGUCGUUUCGUUUAUACAAUCAAUAGUCAAAGAAUGGAAUCCAAAUGAAAUGACUCAUCAAAAUAUUAUAUUUGAAAAUUACAUUACAGCUUUCUUAAUUUCUUUAUUAGGAAGUCCGUUUUGUUAUUUAUGUGAAGAGCCAAAAUGGGGAAAUCAAGUAGAAUUUAUACGUAAUGAAAUAAUAAUGCUUAUAUUUAAAUUUAAUAAAGAUCCAAUGUAUUUUUUACAUUUCAUGAAAGAUCGCAUAGUACAAAAUAUAGAAACAUUACUUAAAAAUGAUUCGGAGGAAGUAAAACCAAGUGUAAAUAGACAAGUAGAAAAAUUUAAAGUCUUGGAAUCGGAAGAAAUUGUACCAACUUUUGCGUACGCUAAUUUUUAUUUCUAUCUCCUAAUAGAAGAAAAAUUCUGGGUAAAACUUCCACAAGUUUAUCAUCCGUAUUAUAUCUUUGAAUCUGGCAUAUUUCUUGUUGGUUACCUAGUUGAUAGACAUCAUAUUAAGUUAAUAAAAAAAGCUUUUAUAUUUAUAGAAGUUCUUUUGAAACGUUUAAAAAAAAUGUCUGUCGGUCCAAAUGCAUUAGAAUUAGAAAUUUAUACCCAUUUAUUGGAAAAAAUUGUUAAAGUAAUGGUAUAUUGUGAAAGCUACGAGGAAAGGAAAAGAGCAUCAUCAAUUUUUGAAAAAUAUAUUUUGUAUGCAUUUAAUAUGGAAGCAAGAUAUUCCAUCAUUUUACAUUUGUAUUAUAGAUCACAUCAUUCUGGCGUUCUUGGCUUGGUAACUGGUUUAGUUAAAACAUCUAUCAUUGAAAGUUUACAAACAACGCCUAGAUGUACAUAUUUCUUUGGAAACAAUUUAGAAUCUUUAUUGAAACAUGCUUGUAACUUGGCUCAUGGUAGUGCAACUGAUUUGAUAGAGAUAUCAGAUGAAAUAAUAGCUGGAUUAAAUCUUUUAAGAUUUUUAAUUAUCAGAGAUCGAUCCAAUGAAACUGGUAUUUGGGAUAUGAUAAAUACGCUUGAAAAGAAUUUCUUGAAACCUUUAAGACAAGGGAUAGAUCUAAGCAAAGCGCAUUGGAGAACUAAAAUAAAAGAUUUAGAAGAAGUCAAAAAUAAUAAAUUUCAUAUUUCAAAUGAAAUAGAAGGAACUAAUGUGAUAUUAACUGUUGGUAACCAAAACUUACCGGCAAUGCCAGUUGAACAAAAAUUACAAAUAUCACAUCAAAUUUUAUGCGGUCUUGAUGUAAUGGAAAGCCUUUUAAUUAGAAUUGAUGAGUGUAUUGCGAUCAAUCCUAGAAAUAGUAUCUCAUAAGCUAUAAUAAUUUAUAUAUGUAUGUGUUAUUAUAUAAGAAUAUAAAAUAAUGUUAACAUUUAAUUGUGUCUUCCAUUGCUUUCAUUGUGUAUGAUAUAUAAAAAUGUAUAAUUCAAUGUAAACAGUAAAAUGUACCAUUUUG